GCGUGACGACGGGAUGUCUUUACUUAGCAAACUCGUAAAUCGCUCGAGUCUCGUGCGGUUGAUUGCCUGUACGGCAGAUAAAGAUUCGUCAGGAAGGACGAUUCGGCGAAGAAUCGAUUCGUCAUCCGUUGGGAUGAGAUUUAAUGAAUUAUCAUAUUUGCACUCUCGAGGAUUGCACGUUAACGUCAGCCCUGGUGAAAAAGCACAAUGUAAAUUCGACGACACCACCACUGCAGACAAAAACUAUCCGAUGGUGGAACACUGUUACGACACAGUAAUCGUAGGUGCGGGUGGAGCCGGCCUGAGAGCCGCGUUCGGUUUGGGAAGCAAAGGCUAUCGAGUCGCAGUUAUAACUAAACUAUUUCCAACGAGGUCUCACACCGUCGCUGCUCAAGGUGGAAUAAACGCGGCCAUUUGCAACGUCGAGCCUGACAAUUGGCUGUACCAUAUGUACGACACGGUCAAGGGUUCUGAUUGGCUGGGCGAUCAGGACGCCAUACAUUAUCUCACUCGAGAAGCUCCGCAAGCCGUUUUCGAACUGGAAAACUAUGGUUGUCCAUUCAGCCGUACCGAAGACGGAAAAAUUUAUCAGAGAGCGUUCGGAGGACAAUCGUUGAAAUUCGGCAAAGGUGGACAGGCUCAUCGAACUUGUGCAGUUUCUGACAGAACAGGCCACGCCAUACUACACACACUGUACGGCCAGAGUCUCCGCUACAACGUUCACUAUUUCGUCGAAUAUUUCGCGCUCGAUCUACUGAUGGACGGGAGACGAUGCAAAGGCGUAAUGGCACUGGAACUCGAAACCGGACAACUGCACAAAUUUCGCGCACAUCACACGAUCUUGGCGACAGGUGGAGCUGGACGCUGUUUUUUUUCCUGCACAGGAGCGCAUGUCUGCACCGGGGACGGAAACGCCAUUGCAUCCAGAGCUGGUUUGCCUCUCCAGGACAUGGAGUUCAUCCAAUUCCAUCCCACUGGCAUAUAUGGGAGCGGAGUCCUCGUGACCGAAGGCAGCAGGGGCGAGGGCGGGCGACUCGUGAACUCUUCGGGUGAUUUUUUCAUGGAAAAAUACGCGCCGAACGCCAAAGAUUUGGCGUCAAGGGACGUCGUUUCGCGAGCCAUAACCGUCGAGAUACACGAAGGAAGAGGCGUCGGCGAAAAAAAGGACCACAUCCAUCUCCAACUCAGUCACCUUCCCGCUGAAACGAUAAGGUCAAAGUUGCCUGGAAUUUCGCACUUGGCUUGGGUCUUCGCCGGCGUCGAUUGCGAGAAAGAACCGAUCCCGGUCAUCCCUACUGUUCAUUACAAUAUGGGCGGAGUACCGACGACCUGGCGAGGACAAGUUCUUACCCGCGAAGACGAAGAAGAUAUUCCCGUUCAGGGCCUCUGGGCUGCCGGGGAAACGGCCUGCGCUUCCGUUCACGGAGCGAACCGACUCGGCGCCAACGGUUUACUCGAAAUCAUGGUCUUCGGACGCGCGGUCGCGGAAAACAUCGGAGAAUUGAUGCAGCCCGGUGACCGCCACGAAGAUUUGCCAGCGGACAUCGAGGAACAAACGAUUCGUCGUUUCCACGCGACUCGCUACGCGAAAGGAUGCGUAACUGUCCCCGAGCUGCGGGAGGCGAUGCAACGCACCAUGCAAACUUACUGUGGAGUGUUUCGCACUUGUUCGAUUUUACAACGCGGAUGUCGAGAAAUAACGCGACUCUACACGUGCGAGCUGCCCAAUAUUUGCGUUCGAGAUGAAACGCUGAUUUGGAACACGGAGCUCAUCGAAGCGCUGGAACUUCAAAAUCUCAUGUUGUCUUGCAUGCACACUGUUUACGCGGCCGAAAACCGAAAAGAAUCGCGCGGAGCUCAUGCCAGAGACGAUUUCCCGAAUCGUAUCGACGAGUACGACUACAAAUUGCCGCUACAGGGCCAAACGAAACUUGGGUUGAGUGAUCACUGGCGCAAACACACGCUCACAUGGGCGACCGAAAAUGGCGAAAUUUGCAUCUCGUAUCGUCCGGUUAUUGACACAACACUUGACGAUUCCGAAGCUCAACACGUGCCGCCAGCGAUUCGCGUCUACUGACCUGCGCUAACCGACUUUCCUUUGUCUACUGAGCAUAAGCCUCUCCCCCCCUUCACAGUCCGUAAUCCCGAAGAGUUUCUCGACGACCGUGUCUCCGACCUUUCGAGCGCACAAAGGCAAAAAAACUUCGAGAAUCACGGCCCGGUUCUCAAUACAUUAUGUAUUUGUAGCAGUGUCUUCAAUGACCUGUCGUCUCGACUAUCUAAACGGUCAAUUGAGCUAAUCGAAUAUAACCGAUCGGACUCGAACUGUACACCGCUUAUUGCAUUCAUUAAAAAUAAUACUUUGCGACCUACGCUAUCGUUUUCACGGUUCAUACUUCACAAUUGUUUGAGCGGUUGGAGGCAGUUCUUUAAUCAAGAGCCGUCUUCCCUCUUGCUCAAGAGUCGACAUAACCAAACAAAAAAAUCGAUUAACUGUAUUCAUGGCGUAGAUAAAAAAUGGUGAUUUUUGAGAAAGUUUGUUGGAACUUAUUUAUUUGAAUUGAUAUUCAAAGUACUCUCCAACGAUUUUUUAUUACAAAAGAAAUAAAGUCGAGAAAUCUGUUUACGGAAUCUAUAGCGAGGAAGAGUUAUUGGAAAAGAAACUUUAGAUGUAAAAGAAUUUGUGAACGAGGACUUAUCUUGGCGUAGUAAAAAAAUGUUGACAAAACGAAAUUCUCAAGCCCGCAAUCGCAGCUCGACCAAUGGAAAACUUGCAAACGAGUAGCCGCGAGCCCCGAACAAGUGUUUUCAUUAUAGGUACACAAGAUUAAUUAAAAAACGCGGAUGGUCGUAUGAAUUCCAGUUUAGCAGGUGAACUUUAAUUUAAUGUCUUUUUUCGCGAGACCACGUGAGCUCACACACUACGAAUCGGUUGAUAACCACUGGUCUCGUUUUAAUCUCUCGCUCGCGCGUAUAUGAGGAUUCGGUUCGCGUCGAAAAAAAAUAUUCACAAUUGAC